UGGAGGAGGCAGAGGGCGUCAGCAAGCUGCUCUGUGACGCCUCCUCUCAGUGGAGGAACCUGGCUCUGGAGGUGCGCAGCGUGAGGAGCAUGCUGGAGGAGGUGCUCUCUAACUGGGAGAAGUACGGCGGCACCGUGGCCUCCCUGCAGGCCUGGCUGGAGGACGCCGAGAGCAUGCUGAACCAGAGCGAGGGGGGCAAGCGCGACUUCUUCAGGAACCUGUCUCACUGGAUGCAGCAGCACACGGACAUGAACGACGCCGGGAACUUCCUGAUCGAGACGUGUGAUGAGUCCGUGUCUCGAGACCUGAAGCAACAGCUGCUGCUGCUCAAUGGGAGGUGGAGGGAGCUCUUCGUCAAGGUCAAACACGUAGGUCACAUAUAA